AUGAUCCAAGACCAACGCAACGUGCGUUUGUGCCGGAUCACCUCCCUCAGAUCCCUCUUCUUGCGGGAGUCACGCCUCCUCUGCGACCUACUACUCCAUGGAGGAGGCGCACGAGAGGUGACACUGGCUCUCUGGCCUCAUCUAAGGUCCUCGGACCAUGAUAGGCCAGGCCCUCCCAUCUGUCUGGGCAUGGACACGGAUCUCAGCGGUAUGUAUGUCCUGGAUACAGCUGAGUGCGCCUUCCCCUCUCCGAACUUUCCAACCACCGCCAACACGGAGGGUUCACUUGAACUGAUUCUAACUGUAUUUCUGUGUAUUUUAGACCAGGUGAGAGUGAAAGAGCAAAGACAAGAACUGAAUGAAGUGGAGGAGGAACAUCGUAACUUUACAUUUCAAAGAACAAAAGCCAAAAAGACGCACACCUGCACUCAGUGUGGAAAGACUUUCUCACAGAAAGAAAACCUUAACACACACAUGAGAAUUCACACUGGAGAGAAACCGUAUACAUGCACUCAGUGUGGAAAGAGUUUCGCAAAGAAAGGAAACCUUAACACACACAUGAGAAUUCACACUGGAGAGAAACCGUAUACAUGCACUCAGUGUGGAAAGAGUUUUUCUAAUGCAUCAGGUCUCAGUUAUCAUCUGCUCAUUCACUCUGGAGAAAAAACAUUUAACUGUGAUCAGUGUGGUAAAGAUUUUAUUUCAUCAGCACAUCUAAAAUCACACCUGAAAGUUCAUUCAGAUGAGAAGCCUUAUGUGUGUUCUCUCUGUGCAAAGAGUUUUUCAAGGCUGAACAGUUUUAAACUGCACCAGAAAACGCAUGAUGGAGUGAGAGAUCAUGUUUGUUGUGACUGUGGGAAGAGAUUUAUUACAUCUGUUCAUCUGAAACAGCACCAAAUAAUUCAUACUGGAGAAAAACCUUACAAGUGCUCAUAUUGUGACAAGAGUUUCACUCAGUCUGGAUCCCUGAAAUUACAUGAGCGAAUUCAUACUGGAGAGAAGCCGUACGGAUGCACUCAGUGUGAGAAAAGUUUCACAAAAAAAGGAACCCUUAAGACACACAUGAGAAUUCAUACUGGAGAGAAACCGUAUACAUGCACUCAGUGUGGAAAGAGUUAUUCUCAAGCAUCAGGUCUCAGUUAUCAUCUGCUCAUUCACUCUGGAGAAAAAAAUGAAGUUAGAGUUCAUGUGUGCUGUGACUGUGGGAAGAGCUUUACUACAUCUGGUGAACUAAAACUGCACCAAAGAAUUCAUACUGGAGAAAAACCUUACAAGUGCUCAUAUUGUGACAAGAGUUUCACUCAGUCUGGAACUCUGAAAUCACACGAGCGACUUCAUACUGGAGAGAAACCGUAUACAUGCACUCAGUGUGAGAAAAGUUUUACUCAUGCAUCAGGUCUCAGUUAUCAUCUGCUCAUUCACUCUGGAGAAAAGACAUUUAACUGUGAUCAGUGUGGUAAAGAUUUUAUUUCAUCAUCACAACUAAAAUCACACCUGAAUCUUCAUUCAGAUGAGAGGCCUUAUGCGUGUUCUCUCUGUGGAAAGAGUUUUUCAAGGCUGGGAAGUUUUAAACAGCACCAGAAAACACACAAUGAAGUGAGAGAUCAUGUGUGUUGUGACUGUGGGAAGAGCUUUACUGCAUCUGAGAAUCUGAAACUGCACCAAAGAAUUCAUACUGGAGAAAAACCUUACACGUGCUCAUAUUGUAACAAGAGUUUCACUCAGGCUGGAAACCUGAAAUCACACCAGCGAGUUCAUACUGGAGAGAAGCCGUACUACUGUACUCAGUGUGAGAGAAGUUUCACCCAAUCAAGUCAUCUAGUGACUCAUAUUAGAAAGCAUUGUUCUGUGUCACAGUGAGCAAAUGUUUUCUUGGAUUCACAUAAAGUAAAUGUGUAGUUAGUUAACCAAUAAACUAGUAUUGCUGUGAAAUGCCACAAGAUUUGUGUUUUAUAUGUUGGAGAACAAUAAAAUU